CCUUGGCAAAGUAAACAAACCCAUCAUCUUUCCUUCUAAGAAUUCUUAAAAACACUUGCCCCUUUUUGUUCAAAGAAAACAAACCAUCAUUCUUUCUUCUUCUUAGAAUUCUUGAAAACACUUCCCUUUUGGUUCACAAGAAAGAUGGAGGUUCUUCCUUCAAUGGAAACCAUCACUCAAAAGCUUUCACUUCUACCAGCAAAGUCACCACCACUAGGCAGGGCAGAGAGGAAAUACAGUUGCAAGAGUAGGCUUCCAUCAUCACCAAGGUCUCAACAACACAGAGAUUCAUCGCCACACAUUUCAAGAACAGUGAGGGCAACAGCAACAAGCCAUUAUAGUCUGCGGAAACUACAUGGAUCGGCAAACAAAGAGAUUAUAAAGAGGGCAUUAACACCACCGGCUCGUCGACUAACCUUGAGAUGGUUGGAUUUUAAGCCAACUCCUAGCCGUCUUUGUAAUAUGUCUGCUGCAUAGUUUUGGUAUGUUAUAGCCACUUGGGUAUAGGAUGUGAAUUGUGAUGUACAAAAGAAACCCAAUGAAUCAGAAUUUCAUCUGUUUAUUCUUUUCGUAGAUGAUUGUUAACUUUCCAAGAUUGCCAGCCAUUUCAGUUUUGGCUAACUCAGGAUUUUUUGGUAUAUAGUGUGUUAAAUUGUUUGACCAUCUCAUAUAAAAGUUGUAACGGUUAGAGAGAACACACUUAAUUUACUUAA